CCCAAGUAAACAGAUCUCUAAAUGCGACCUCUUCUUCCCCUGUUCCCGUUUCGACGCCGCUCUGCUCUUUACCGCCCCUGUUUGGCCAUCGCGAAGGGCCGCCGCCUCCGCAACUUCCAGUGGACGGAAGAGGUUAUAGAUUGCUCUGGUAGUAUCACGCCGGGGAGCGGCGAAGCAGAGAGGACGUGAUGGCGUCGUCGGUGGCAGAAUCGGCGUUGGCCCACGGACCUGUGAUGAGCAUGAUGAAAAAGCGCCUUCGCUCCCUGCGCAAGAAACUCAACCGCAUCUUGCAGAUGGAGGAUACCCUCGCCCAAGGGAAGCUGCUCAACAAGGAGCAGAAAGAAUUCCUCCGCUCCAAACCCACAAUCGUCAUUCUCAUCAACGAGUACGAGAAGCUCCGGGGGCCCCUCGCCGCCGCCGUCCAGGAGGAACUCGACCGCGCCGCUUUCACCGCCGCCUCCCCUGCCCCCAUCCCUCAAGAAGAAAUCCCUGUCCCCGCCGGUGUCAAGGAGGAGCGGGAUCGGGCCGUGAUGGACGUUUUGGCCUUGGUCUAUUUCGGGUGCAUGUUCGAUGUCAAGCCGCAGAGCGAGUUCGCGGCGAUGAUGCUGACCAGGAUGCACGAGCGUGGCUGCUGCUUGACCUACGACUACGUGACGGAUGAUGCCACCGACCUUUUAAGAGAGCAUGAUCUUGAUGCGAUAUCGGGGUUUGCCUCCCUUGUCACCUCGCGGUCGGUCUACUCGGGCGUCUCUCAUAAGGACACUCUCCAGGCCUGCCUUCAGCACGCGAAGCUCUGGCUUGUCAACGCUGAUCAACCUAUCCACUCUGGGGCAUCUCUUACCUAUGCCGGAUUGAGAGAAAAGUUGAACAAGAUAUUGGCUUCAGACUACUUCACCACGACGCCAGAGAUGAAGGCCCCUGGUGAUCUCGCAGCUGCUGUGGGAAAGUAUGGUGCUUCUUGUCAGGUUCAGUUUAGUGAGUCAACGAAUGUGCCCUCAUCAAUGGUUCAAUCUGAAGAUGUGGAAGUUCCCAUUGUGCCUCAGGAGGAUGAACAGCAAGAAUUUCAACUAAGUGAAGUUCACCCUGAUCAUGAAGUUAGCCAUGUUGACGAACAACUAAACAUGGGUGCGACAGACCCUCCUGUAAGCUAUGGAGCAGUUGUUGCCUCCAACCAGGAGCAAGAAAAUCAGAAAGUAGAUUUAGAAGACCUAAAUCUGAGGGAGGUGGAGCAGAGAGAGCACCAAUAUAAUUCACGCAGGAUUUACCACAACAACCAAGGUGGCAUUCGUGGUCCUGACAACCGGAGGGGCUACCAUGACAGUGGUAGUGGUGGCCGAGGUGGGAAUGGUGGCUACCAGAACGGACGGAGUCGGUAUCAUGACUCUAGUUACUCCAAACAUUAUUACAACCCAAAAGGGAGAGGAGGUCAAUCCAGUUGCGCAGCUAAUUACACCGAUCAUGGAAGCCAUGCCCCUUCUAAUCUUGAUUUGGAUACUAGAACCUAGAUUAUGCAUUGGCUACUGGGCGAGCAAUAGCUAUUUCAGUUUAGGAACACUAUUGAAUCUCAGAGCUUUACACAAGGCUGGCUACAGCCAAUUCACUCGAAAUCGGCGAGCUUUCUUAUUAUUAUAUAUUGGAUGCACCUCUUUGGAUGACGGAUACUGAAUCUAGAACUACUGAUAACUUGUUUAGAAAACACUACAAGAUAAAUUUGUUUAGUUAGACAAGUGACCUGGUUUAAACUCACAAGUAUUAUGAUUAGUGUGAUUGUUUUGUUC